CAUGACUAUGGGGAGGGGAUUGCGACCUCGUAGCAAUAUAAAUCCCCAAAGGGUCACCGACCUCUGGUACCUGUGUCAAUCGUACCUAUCUAACUACUAUUUCACCACUGCACUGUCGACUCACCAGUUCGACUCAGAUACGAGUGACUAUUCUCUGUGGCAAAAGAGAAGCCCAUCUACCAAUUCGUACCGGAAGUGCUGGGCAUUGCGUAGGCUCAUACUCUACUCCACGAACCAUAUCGUCAUCCAGGCACGGGAUCCGUGGGACAGUCAAGAGACUGAUAUAAAAGAGCUGGAAAGCGACCGUCGAUAGAACCCACAUUGUCUAUCAUUCACAUUCACACAUCCACAAUGGCUUGCCGGAUCCGCCACCUCCAGCGCCUCGAGCGCAGCGCAUCACCACUCUUCGCCCUACGACGCCAGACACAACUCCAAGCAUCGUCGCCGCUUCGAGCAGCAACAUCACAGAUCCUACGCUCAGUGCACUCGACGACACGACAAUCCGUGUCCGCGAGCCCACUCCCCCCAUCCCCAACCCAACUCUUCACCUCCCAAACUCCCACCACCACCUCCCCACAACCACCACCCGCCCUCCUCUCCCGGCUCCCCCUCUCCCAAGUCCUCCGCUCCUACACCAUAAUGACACUAUCCUCAUACCCCCUCCUCCUCUCCACCUUCUUCGCCCUCCUCCUCCGCAUCCUCAACUCCACCUCCCCACUCCUCUCCAUCGACCGCAACCCCGUGCUCAACGCCCUCCUAAAACGCACCAUCUACGCACAAUUCUGCGCCGGCGAAACCGCCCCCGAACUCCACCGCACAGCCGCCGAGUCCAAACGCGUGCUAGGAUACGACGGCGUGAUCCUCGAGUACGCGCUCGAAGUCCUCGGCGGGGCUCCCCCCUCCCCCGCGGAGACCGCCGCGGAAAUCGAGACCUGGAAGAAGGGCAUGCUGCAGAGCCUGUCCGUCGCCCACGCCGGCGACUUCAUCGGCUUCAAGUGGUCCGGCCUCGGCCGCCAGGCGCUGCGGCUCCUCCAAACAGGCCAGGACCCGUCCCCCGAGAUGCUCGAGGCCAUGCACUCGGCCUGCUCCGUCGCUGCCGAGCGCGGGAUAUCGCUGCUCCCUGGCGCGGAGGAGGAGGUGACGAACCCGGGUCUCGAGGCGUGGAACCUCGCGUUGCAGAAGAAGUACAACAGGGAUGGCAGGGCGGUCGUGUACACGACGUACCAGUGCUAUUUGAAGGCGAUUCCCGGGCGGAUUGCGGCGCAUCUUGCGACCGCGCAGAGGGAGGGGUAUGUGGCGGGUGUGAAGCUCGUGCGGGGUGCGUACCUAACCUCCGAGCCGAGGGGCCUCAUCUGGGACGUGAAGGAGGAUACGGACAAGUGCUACGAUGCGUGCCUGGAUGCGGUGGUGUCGCAGAAGUGGAAUGAGGCUGUGAAGGGGGAGGGGAAGUUCCCGGAGGUGAAUAUCGUGCUUGCGACGCACAACUUGCCAUCGAUUGAGAAGGCACAGAAGAUUCGGUCGGAGCAGUUGAAGGGGGGUAAUGGGGAGCUUCCAAGGCUCACGUAUGCCCAGCUCCAGGGUAUGGCGGACGAGUUGACGCAGGCGCUGCUGCAGCAUCCGAUGAAGGCGCAGGAUGGGAACGCGAAGGUGGUGAAGCUGCUCACGUUCGGAACCGUCAGGGAGUGUCUGAACUUCCUCAUCCGACGCGCGGCGGAGAAUAAGGAGGCCGCAGGACGCACGGGGGACACCGCGAGGGCCAUGGGCGCCGAGUUGCUAAGGAGGUUGAAGGGGGUGUUUGGCGGAUCGUCGUGAGUGAUUGCAUAGUGCGGAGGCGGCAUUGUGGACUUUUUCCUUUUGGUCUAUCUUGGGUUUCAGCGAGCAUUCAUCACCGGCUUUAGGGGUUUUCUCUUUUUUAUAUAUCAGCAUCAGCAUGGAGACGGGUGGAGAGAAGGGAAGGGGAUAUCACGAGUAUAUGGUAUCUCACACUCUUCGUGAUCGAAAGAGAAGAUAAGAACAGUAAAAGCUAAAACUUCGAACCAAACUUUACAAAAAAUAUACUCAUUCUUUGGUAUGGUG